AUGUUUCGCCGCGAGCCCUACGUCCCGCCGGUAGCUCGGUUUCAAACAAAACCUCAGGCGACCACGACCGACGCUUCCACUCCCUUGGACAACGCCAAUGGUACCGACAACACUAGCAGCAUUGAUAAUCAAACGGCCAAAGGCAACUCCAACCAGGAGGCUGAAAACAGCCUCGACGAUGACAUAGCCACCUUCCUCCUCCCGCAAGCCCGCCGACAAACAAAUAUUGUCAACGCGACCACGGCCGCCGCCGAGAGCGCCAGCGCCCACAAUCCGCACGGAGCUUCUCUCACGGCGAGAUCGGCUGUCCAGCUUCCAAUCCGAGCUCCCUACGCCACGCCCGACGGGCGGGUAUACUACGUAUGUAACCAGUGCAACCAGAGGUCCGGGUUCAAGUCCAACGAGAUGCUGCGGUGCGUGAACUGCGGCGGGAUGACGAUGCUGAAACCGAGGGCGAAGACGAUAGCUCAGUAUUCCGCCAACUAA